AUGCCCGCCGGAGCCACGCGCGCCCGGCUCGGGGCGGGGCCAAGGCGAGCAGGGGCGGGGCCAGAGGGCGGGGCCGUGUCGGGGCGGGGCCUCAGUCGCGGCGGGCGGGGCGCCGGUGGUGGGCGUGGUCGGCGCGGGCGGGGCCGAGCGGGCGGGGCCGCGGUUCCCGGCGGGCCGCGAUGUCGGCGGAGGAGCCGCCCGGUGCCGCCGCCCCCCCCCCCGCUGCUGCUGGCGGCCGCCGCCGCGGCGCUGCUCGGCCUCUGCUGGGCGGGGGCGCCGAAGCGCCCCGUGCUGGCCGGCGGCCCGCGGCUCGUCGCCUUCCUGCGGCGGCGCUGCCCGGCGGUGCGGGCCCCGUUCCGCCCCACGGCCUGGUGCCCCGAGGGCCGCCUGCAGACCGUGCUCCGCGCCCUGCUGCAGUCCUGCCCGACCGUCCGCUACCGCAGCGAGUCCGUCCGCACGCCCGACGGCGGGCAGCUCGUCCUCGACUGGGCCGACGGCCGCGCCCUGCCCGCCGCCCGCCCCACCGUGCUGCUGCUGCCGGGGCUGGCGGGCAGCAGCCAGGCCAGCUACGUGCUGCACAUGGUGCACGGGGCCGCCCGCGCCGGGUACAGGGCCGUCGUGCUCAACAACCGGGGCUGCCGGGGCGAGGAGCUGCUGACCCCCCGGACCUUCUGCGCCAGCAACACGGAGGACCUGGAGACGGCCGUCCGCCACAUCAGGGGCCGGUACCCGCACGCCCCGCUGCUGGCUGCCGGCGUCUCCCUGGGCGGGAUGCAGCUCCUGAACUACCUGGCACGGAAGGGCCGGGCAGCGGGGCUGGUGGCGGCCAUGGCCGUGUCCCCCUGCUGGGACCCCCUGGAGUCGACAGUGUCGCUGGAGCAGCCGCUCAACGCCCUGCUCUUCAACCGCCGCCUGGCCGCCAGCCUCUGCCAGCUCAUCCGCAGGCACCGGGCGGUGAUCGGGGACAAGGUGGACAUGGAGCACAUCCUGCAGGCUCGCACCAUCCGGGAGUUCGACGAGCGCUACACGGCGCCUGCCUUCGGCUACAGCAGCUGCAGCGAGUACUACCGGGCCGCCAGCCCCGCGCGCCGGCUGCACCGCAUCCGCGUGCCCCUGCUCUGCCUCAACGCCUCCGACGACCCCUUCUCCCCCCUGCACGCCAUCCCGGUGGAGGCCGCCUGGCGCCUGCCCCACGUGGCGCUGCUGGUCACGGCCCACGGCGGCCACAUCGGCUUCCUGGAGGGCCUCUUCCCCCGCCACGGCACCUACAUGGACCACGUCUUCACCCAGUUCAUCACCGCCGUCUUCGAGCACGGCAAGGAGCUCCAGCAGCUAGAGGAGGGUGGGGAUGGGGCUGCGGAGCAGGACGGCGCCUGACACCCCCAAUAAACCCACUCGCGCUGCA